AUGUCUCGGAAGAUUCUCCCGUGGUUGAGUCUAGUCGCUAUUCUCUGGCUUCAAUCUUUCAAUGGCACCAACUUGAGUUUCCCAGCUUACUCUUCACAGCUUAAAGAGCUUCUCAAAAUCUCCCAGUUUAAGCUAAAUUAUCUUUCUUUCGCCUCCGACGCUGGAAAAGUCCUAGGUUUUAUCUCCGGUAUCGCCGCCGUUUAUCUUCCUCUCCCUCUUGUCCUUCUCGCCGGAGGUUCAUUAGGGUUCGCCGGCUACGGUCUCCAGUAUCUCUCCAUCAUCAAGAAGAUUAUCUGUUGGAUCAACACAGCUUGUUACAUCGUCGCAAUCAAUAGUUUUCCGGUGAACCGUCAAGUCGCCGUGGGGAUCACGGCAAGUUAUCAAGGUUUGAGUGGGAAAAUCUACACCGACAUGGUCCACUCUUUUUUUCACACGUCUCAACGUGAAGAAGCUUCGGGUUAUCUCUUGCUCAACUCUCUUGUUCCAUUGGUCGCUUGUCUCGUGACGGCUCCUAUGUUGAUGAGACACGGAGGAGACAAAACGAUGUCGUAUUCUAAGGAUGUUAAAGUUGGUUUUAUCGUUUUGUUCGUCUUGACUAUUGCUACGGGGAUUUAUGCGGUGGCUACGAGUCUUGUCUCGGUUCCUGCGGUUUUAGUACUUGUAGGCAUUGCUCUGUUUCUUCUUGCUCCUCUUGCUAUACCAAUUGGAGUUGGAUUUAAAGAGCUUAUGUCCUCUAGAAAAACUCAACAAAAGGUGCACGAUCUUGAAGCUCCUGUCGAUAAAUUUUAUUUCGUAGAAGAAGAUCACACGAAAGAAGAAGAAGAGUUUGAGAAGGCAAUAAUUGGAGUUAAAGAAGAGGUCGAGUGGACACAACUAUGGAAGAAACUCGAUUUUUGGAUAUACUUUGGACUCUAUUUGUUCGGUCCAACGGUCGGGCUAGUGUUUACGAACAAUCUUGGUCAGAUCGCUGAGUCUCGUGGCUCCACCGCCACCAGUUCCUUGGUCGCUCUCUCGUCGUCGUUCGGGUUUUUCGGCCGCUUGUUACCAUCAUUACUCGACUACUUCUUUUCUAGGAACAAAUACAUGCCAUCAAGUCCGGUUUCUAUGGCGGGUUCACUGGUAGCAAUGGUAGCUUCGUUUCUCCUCCUCCUUAUUGACUCCGACAUUGCUCUCUACAUCGGCACGGCGAUGAUUGGCAUCUUCUCCGGAGCCUUGACUUCACUCUCUGUCACAAUGACGGCAGAGCUUUUUGGGACGAAGCAUUUUGGAGUUAACCACAACAUUGUUGUCGGAAGUAUUCCCCUUGGAUCUUUUUCUUUCGGUUUGUUAGCCGCUAAAAUUUACCGCGACGGAGCUGCUCUUUACGGAGAUGAUGGCAAGUGUUUUGGGAUGCAUUGCUUUCAAACCACUUUGGUAUUUUGGGGAAUGCUUUGUUCGAUCGCCGCACUUCUCGCCGCCGUUUUGUAUAUACGCAACCGCAAGUUCUAUUCGCAGAAGCCGUAGAAGAAGAAGAAGAACCAACAACAAGAAGUUUUGAUGGCAAACCGUAGCACAUUUUCCGUUGGUAUCAAGCAACGCAAUUUUUUUGGUACAUCCGUAGAUUUUUAUUUAACCUAUGGAAACCGGUUAAAGUGUAACCGACGGUCAGGUUUUUGUGUAUAUAGACUAGUAGAGGAUGUAAAAACUAGAUAUAGUAACAAAAGCAUAUAUGC